AUAGGCCUUAGAUUGGGACUUUUUGUAUAUAAAAAAAAGGGUACACAAGAUGGCCACCACAAUAAUCAGCACACUAGAUGUGCAUGUGUGAAAAAAUAAUGAAUUGCGUGCCGUGCUCGUGGUGCUGUACCAUCGUAAAUACUGGGGCACCAUUGCACAAUGUAACGGACUAAACAAACUAGCACUGUGUCUCAAAUCACAUAUGUAUGCAUUAUUCUAGACAUUUGGGCAGAGAAAAUUAUACAUCUCAAAGUAACUGGCAUUUGACAGAAACCUGAUUGUCAAGGAUGUUAUGACUCUUAAGUGCCAUCUAGUGGAUAUUUCAUUAAUACUGCAGAUGUACAUAAGGUACACAGGUGAGUAUGUAAUCAAUGCAGCUAGUCUUGGCACUGCAUCUACACACACACACACACACACACACACACACACACACACACGCAGUCCUGUGUCAAGUAUAAACCAGGCCUUAUUUUGAUAAUCUGAUAAUCUUUUAUGAGCAUGGAUAAAUUAAUUGAGUGGUAUACUUAUUGAGACACUUCUAAAUAGAGUCUUCAGCAAAGUCAACUUUUGAAAGAUAUAUGGCAUGAUUGUUCAUCUUUUAACUGAAGAUUAAAAAAAAAAAAACCUUGAAUGAAUGUGUUUAAAGCAGCAGUUUGUUACUGAAGGAUUUGUAGACCUUUGGUAAAACUACUGCAAGCAAAUCCCAGAAGAGCCCAUUUCUAAUCUCAGUUGUGCUGGGAAUUCCUACAUUGAAUGGAUUAAUCUGAUGUUCGUGAGUGUCAGCUAAAUAGAUAUUUAAAUAAUAUUCAAGUAUUACUUGAAUAUUGAGUAAUAACCCUAGUGCCAAAGUCGAGGCAUUUGUAUAGAGUCAUACUGGGUUAGGUGUUUGACUAGCGUUGAGAGGCAGCAGAGUGUUGAGUAAUCUGACUGCCUCCGGGAAUAAACUGUUGCGGAGUCUGCUGGUGGUGGCAUGGAUGCUCCUGUACCUUCUGCCAGAUGGCAGGAGGGUGAAGAGUCCAUGAGAUGUGUGAGAGGAAUCAUCUGCAAUGCUGGUGACUUUGUGGAUACAGCAGUUGUUGUACGGGGUGACAAUGGAUGGUAGAGAGACCCCAAUGAUCUUUUCAGCUGUUCUCACACUUCGCUGUAGGGUCUUGCGGUUAGGACGCUCUCUAUUGUUCCACUGUAGAAGAUGGUGAGAAUGGGAGGGGGAGUUUGGCUCUCUUCAGCCUCCCUUAGGAAAUAAAGGUACAGUUAGGCCUUCUUGGUUAGGCAGGUGGUGUUGAGAGUUCUGAAGAAGUCCUCUGUCAUGUGCACACCAAGAAACUGGAGCUUUUGUCUCUCUCCAGAGUGAGAGAUAGAUUGUUGACUCUAUACUCCCCUGAAAGUUGGUUUACCUCCUGUCAGUACACUGACCCUUCAUUGUUGUUGAUGAAACUGUAGUGCCAUCAGCAAAUUUGAUGUGAUUUGAACUGUACUUUGCAGUACAGUCGGCGGUGUAAACAUCAGUGGACGGUAGUGUGGGUGUUCAGUGUGGUAGGGCUGUGGUGGUGGUGGUGGUGGUGUGUGUGUGUGUGUGUGGGGGGUGUCAGCAGUCUCAGCUUUUCUGUUAGUUGUUGUGGGACGAUUGUGUUGACUGCUGAACAGAAGUCUAUGAACAGCAUCCUUACAUAAUUGUCCUUUUUGUCCAGGUGCGUGAGAGAAGGUGGAUGGUAGGCAUGCUGGAAUGGGUCCAGUGUGGUGGGAAAACUGCUCUUUAUGUGUUUCAUGACUAGCAGCUCGAAGCACUUCAUAAUGAUAGGUGUGAGUGCCAUGGGCCAGUAGUCAUUCAGGCAAGACCUAGAUCAUUUCUUUGGCACAGGGAUGAUGGUGGUUGUCUUGAAGCACACAGGGAUGGCUGUGUGGCUCAGGGAGAUGUUAAAGAUGUCUGUAAGGACAUCUGCAAGCUGAUCAACACAUUCCCUGUGCAUCCGACCAGGUAUGAUGUUAGGACCAGCAGCUUUCUGUAGAUUAACUCAGGACAGAGUGUUCCUGACAUCCGCAGUAUGCAGACAGAGUACUUGGUAGGUGGAAUUUGGGGUGGUCUUCUCCUCAGGCAUUUUGUUCUGUGCUUCAAACUGUGCAUAAUAAUCAUUUAUUGUGUCUGGGAGUGAAGCUUCACCAUCAGCAGACAUGUGAUGGAGCUUUGUAGUUUGUGAUGGCCUGGAUACCUUGCCACAUACGCCGUAUGUGGUGUAGAAGGUUGUGAUAAAAUGACCUGUCUGUUCUGACUUUGAAUCCAUAUUUUUGGCUUUUCAAGGUGACAGCAUCUUCCAUACCACUUAUUCUACACAUUGUAACAGGGGAGCCUGGAGCCUAUCCCAGGGAACUCGGGGCACAAGGCGGGUGACACCAGUGGAUGGCGUGUCAACCAAUCACAGGGCACAAUCACGCACACAUUACCAGAGUACCCGGAGGACAUGGAGGUACCCAGAGUACCCGGAGGUGCAAGGCAAACAUGCUAACCACUAACCCACCAUGCCCCCAGCAUGAAGACAUUUUUAUUUGUUUUCAUCAUGACGAAUAAUUUAAAAAUUAGAAGAAAAAAAAAGAAAACUGGUUACACAUGCAGCUUUGAAUUUCUUUCCUUGGUACAAGACUAUUGUACUAUUUAGUCCUUAAACAAUGUAGCUCUCUGAUGAUUUGUAAUGGUGGUCCAUGACUGUCUAGCAUCAUGGUAUUUAUUUAAUCACAGAUUAAUGAAACAACCUUAAACAAAUUCAACAUGACAAUAAGGUGUUCGGUAUUAGCCAGUCUGAAUGGCAUAACCUGCUACGAGACAUCACCAAAAUGCAAAUCUGUGAGGCAUUCCGACUCUGUGAGGCAUUUUUGCAGUAUGAUGCUUUCAAAUCAUGUUGUUCCAACAUGACACAUCUUUACUCAAUACAACACCAACGCACAAACAUGAAGCCAUUCUGCACAUUCACACCAGGCUACAUUACUAUUACCCUUUAAGACUGGGCCUGAUUGUGCCACUACUCUUUGUGUAAGCAACACUAGAUCCUUUCAACGUCAACAUCAUGGAUCCCUAGAGACCUUGCAAAACACACACCAGUUGUUCACCAACUAUGAAUUGCAAAGGGAUGUUUUCUGAAGGGGCUGACUAUACAUGAGGAUCUAUUCCUCUUCAAAACGCAUAUUAAAAAAUAUAUAAUUAAUUAGUAAUAAUGCUGGUUAGAUGUAAACCAUACACCUGUGAGUAAAAGGUGACAGCACCUCUCUGAUAUGUGUUCUAUACUUGACCACCACAGUUGAAGAUAUUUGGCAAAUGCAUGAGAAAAAAAAAAAAAAACAUUUUACAGAUGAUCUUGGAAUAUACCCCAGAGUACAACUUUACAUUUUCAGUGUUGUUGCGGAAAUGGCCACAGGAUAUCGUUCCUUACUGUGUGAAUCCACAUUAGGUGAAGAACACGGUAUCUUUGAUUCAAAGCACGACUGUGACAGUGAGUAUACGCGUGUAUGUAUGUGCGUGUGUUACAUGCCAGGUCCAUCAAGGGCUUUCCAUCUAAAAAGCAUUUAGAGCACAUUUAACGAUUUCAUCUAAUAAAAGCAACAGUGUUAAUCCACUUUAAAAAAAUAACACUUUCUUUAAGUCAGAUUUUAAAAGUAGUAAAAACUAUUUAAUAGUAAAUAAUAGUCCAUCUAAACUUUUCCAGUCGUUUUGAUAUACAUUUUUACAGUGAUGUCGAAUGUAUGAUUUAGUUAUGAUUCAUUAUGAUGGGGUUUAGUGUCAUCUUUGACUUGAGACCUUUUGGAAAUCAGGUCAUCUUUUACUCACUUAGCUAUUCACAGUAACAGAAAUUUUGAGCAGGGGUACCCACAUUUCUGCAUGCAUUUACGCAGUUAUCUAAUCAGCCACAAUCAUGUGACAGCAGCACAAUACAUAAAAUCGUGCACAUACAGGUCAAGCGCUUCAGUUAAUGUUCACGUCAAACAUCAGAAUGGGGGAAACGAUGGUAGACGGGCUGGUUCGAGUAUUUCAGAAACUGCUGAUCUCCUGAGAUUUCCACACACAACAGUCUCUAGAGUUUAGUACAGAAUGGUAAAGUACUAAGUGACGUCCUGACUGUAGUAUUAAAAGUCUCAGUUAGAACCUUAUAUACAUGGAGUGACAUGCAAAUGUUUGGGCACCCCUGCUCAAAAUUUCUGAAGAUUUAGCAGACUCUGAAGUGGUGGUGGGCGCACGGUGGCAUGGUGGUUAGCAUGUUUGCCUCACACUUCCAGGGUCGGGGGUUUGAUUCCCACCGUGGGCCUGUGUGUGCGGAGUUUGCAUGUUCUCCCCGUGCUGCGGGGGUUUCCUCCGCCAGUCCAAAGACAUGCGUGGUAGUCUGAUUGGUGUGUCUAAAGUGUCCGUAGUGUAUGAAUGAGUGUGUGAGUGUGUAUGUGAUUGUGCCUGGUGAUGGAUUGGCACCCUGUCCAGGGUAUACCCCACCUUGUGCCCGAUGCUCCCUGGGAUAGACUCCAGGUUCCCCCGCGACCCUGAAAAGAAUAAAGCGGUAUAGAAGAUGGAUGGACGACCUGCAGGGAAGAGUCAUCAGAAGACAACACUCUCUACAGUUUAGUACAGAAUGCUAAAGUACUAAGUGAUAAAGUUUACUCUAAAACUAGUACAAUGAUUCAAUGUUAAACUGAUGUACAGUACAAUAUAAUAAACCCGAUGAGCUGAAAUAAGGAUUAAAGUUUGGCGCAACUUGAAUUGAAUCCUGCUUAAAAAGCUUUAUGCAAAAUCUACAACAUAUUUGAAAGACAACAACAUUUGAUUGACAAUGUGAAGGUGGGCGUGGAAGACCGGCUGUCGCACUUCAUCGCGCGCUCACUAUCACCUGCACCUACCCACGCACGCGCACGCGCGCACAACUUCAUUCACCGCGUCUCUGAAGCCGAGUCCAGGCGCUCCAGACAUGUUCACGUUGACGUGACUGAAACUCAGACGAUCGCGCGAUGAUCGUCACGUUGAGGCUCCUGUCCAUCUUGAGUCUGGUGAGCUCCACAGAGUCCGAGUGCUCCUCGACUUCCUACUACAGGAACUGCUGGAUCCGGCGCUUCCCGGGACUGCACGUGGACGCGGAGGAGUCUCAGCGCAGAGGCGCGCAGCUGCUGCAGCUUUACCGCGGAGACAGCGCGCAGAACUGCAGCCGAGCCUGCUGCCUCACCUCCAACUUCUCCUGUAACGUGGCUGUGUUUCAUUACAACACCACUCAGGACAGUGUCAAUUGUUUUCACCUUCACUGCCCAACACCGCAAACCUGCAUACUCAAUCAAAGGGCUAAUGUCAUCCUCUACAAUGUUACCAAAGGCAUGGAUCCUGACUUGUUAAUAUUUGGGAAAUCCUUCCCCUCUAAUGUCCAAGUGCUACCUCAACUGGCCUCACUUAACACCUCUGACUUGUCUGGAACAGACAAACGUCAGUUCAACCGGCCUCACAUGGAGCCCAGCAGCUCAGCCCAUCCUACAAUUGUUGCCACUAGCCCCAAAACAUCUACCAACGCACCAACAUCCAGCUUUCCUAUCUCUACUCCUCCCCCUUUCUCUGUUUAUUCCACCCAAGAUAACAAAGACACAUUUCCUGCUUCAGCAUUACAGAGAUCCACAACCCUGAAGCGGCCAUCUCAACUCAUUUCUAAUCCUUCAACAGACCCUACAAUCGUUGCUACUACAAAUGUAUCCCCAAAUCCCCAAGAGAGUACCAUGCAGCCCUCAUUCAGCUUUACUAACAUUCAAACAAGCUCAAUGCCCCAACCCACACAUACUUCCAGUACCACCAUAACACCUUCGCAACUAUCCAGUCAGCUCACAUCAAGCUCAACAUCCUCUUCCCAAGUACCUUUCCUUGGAACCACAAUGGCAUAUACUAUCAACCAAACCGCAUCCACGGAGUUCACAACCUUGCCUUAUUUAGAAGUUAGUACAACCUUCAGUGGUGAUCAUACCACAACAACCAAACCUGUACCUUUCUUAGCUACUCCACAAAGUAGUACAGGAGAGACUACAACCACACCUGUCCCCCUCACAAGCACUCUGGACAGUAGUACAUUAGAGACUACAACCAUGCCUGUACCACUCACAACUACUCCACGAAGUAGUACAGGAAAGUCUACAACCAUGCUUGUCCCUCUCUCAAGUACUCCACAAAGUAGUACAGGAAAGACAACCAUGCUUGUCCCUCUCUCAAGUACUCCACAAAGUAUUACAGGAGAAACUACAACCAUCACUGUCCAUCUCUCAAGUACGCUGCAAAGAAGGACAGGAAACAGUCCAACCAUGCCUGUCCCUCUCUCGAGUAUUCCACAAAGUAGUACAGGAGAGACUACAACCAUGCCUGUCCCUCUCUCAAGUAUUCUGCAAAGUAGUAAAGAAGACUCUACAGCCCAUACUACACUUACUACAGCCCAGCUAAUCUCUACAAAUGCAAUCUUAGUUUCAACUCCACUUAAUCCAGUCAAAACCAUGACUGGAUAUGUAACUACAACUACAGGACCACAAGUGAUGAUUAAUAGCUUCACAACCACCUCUUGGUCCUAUAGUCAGCCCAUAAAUACCCAAUCAACAGCAUCUCCUCUAAUGGAAAAAAGGAUCAUUCCAUCCUCAACAACAGGUGGCCUUUCUCAAGGGCUUACCAAAAUGAACUUGGCCAUCACUGAUGUUUCUGUGACUGCUAGCAGACCAACAACCUUAAAUAGACGUCACUCAUCCGCAGCAGCUUCAGAAAACAACUCUGACCUAAACACCUCACCAACACCACCUACCAUUGUAGAAGACAGCCAGCCAUACCCCAAUGACACAAAAGGUUACAUUAACCGUAACGUUACGACAGGUAACAGUCCACAGCCUGUAAGUGAUGGAGGAUUGACGCAAGUGUUUCAUCUGGCAGCCAACACUGUCCUGGUAGCCUUGGCAACCUGUGCAGCCUUAGCUUGUGGUUGUUGUUGUUCAGUGUUGAUGGCAGCAAGUUGGAGAGGACGGAGGAGGAGGAAAGGGAGAUACCAGACUACACUAACAGGCAAGAAGGGCUCCAUGCGCCUCAUCAAAUACGUCUUUGUGAGGGAGAGCUCAUGAAUCAGGUUCUUCUGACACAUUUUGUCAGAGUUUUCAACAAAUACCACUUUUGUUCAACCCUGCCAUAUGAUCACAGCUACUUUCAACAAAAGUAGUUUUGCAAAAAACCAGAACCCUCACUACAUUAACUUGCAUAAAGGAACUAUCCAUGAAGUGCAUUCAUGAACGUGUGUACAUUUCUUUUCUGUCCCAAAUAAAAUCAAAAUGGCCAUUAUUGUGUAGAAAAAAAAAAAAAGACCAAAAUGACCAAAUGCAGUGAAAGCUUUAAUGCUUUCAGGUAUUAUAACACUGUUUAUCGGCUUAACCAGGACAACGUUAUGAGUAUUAGAUCUGAGAAUUUCAGACUCUGAACCAUCAUCAAUGUAAUACCACUCAUAUGUAUUAGAAGACCAUUUGUCACAUGUAACCUACUGUGUAUUUUAUUAAAUUCAGCAGUUCUACUAAUCUAGCAAAAACAUAAAUCAGGUCCAUAAAUAGUGUCGAAACACAAACAAAAAAAAUACAUGGACUAGGUGUACUAGACAGUGUUUAGUUUAAAUACCAAACUCUGUUGAGAAACCAAAACCAGCAAAGCAAACUUGAUGUUCACGUUAAGUAGUUUGAUGGGUGCUUCCAAGCAAGACAGCCAACAAGCUCCGUUUUGUUCUGUAAAGGCAGUUGGGCUUUAAGUGCUAGAAGCUGUUAAGAGUGGUACAGUCACCUAGACGUGCUCUAGUUUUUGCUCAAAUGGAAAGAGCCGGAACUUUUUUCCGAAGGAGUCGGGUUACUCUUUUCCCAUAACCCACAGAUCAGAGCAGAACCUAAUGGUGCAACUGGGUAUAUUUACCAAACUUUUCUUGAAAGAAUUCUUUGAACAGGGUGUCUGUAGAGGUAGCUCAUUUACUUUCACGAUCAUGUUGUGCUGUUAGAGUGGACUGAGUCAUAGUCAUACAUCAUGCAAUGUUUUGCCAAACUGGUGAAAG